AUGGCAAGCGAGCAGGAAUACAUGCUUGAGCAGGUCAAGACGACCCGAGUCGCCUCCGAUGACAUUGACAAGACUUUCCGUUCCAGCAGCAUCGAUCUUAUCUCCGCUGCUUUGGGUGGAAAGAUUUUGGCCUUCUCAGACGAAUGGUUCGCAGAGGCCACCAACUUGCUGACUCCCACUCCUCCCAUCAGACAGCCGGGUAAGAUGGUCUACACUGGCGCCUGGUACGACGGCUGGGAGACGAGACGUCACAACACUGAGCCCUUUGACUGGGUCAUAGUUCGUCUUGGUGUUGCGUCUGGAACCGUUGAAGGCGUUGAGGUUGACACAGCCUUUUUCUCUGGCAACCAUGCUCCUUCAAUUUCGGUCGAGGGCUGCUUCAACCUGAACGAUGAUGAGGUGGUCUCCUGGAAGGGAGGAAGGGGACAGUGGGAGACUAUCUUGGGCAACGAGGAGUGUGGCCCUUCUCAGCGCUUCGGGUGGAAGUUGACUGAGCCUAAGCAGAAGCAGUACACUCACGUCCGUCUGAACAUGUACCCAGACGGUGGUAUUGCCAGAUUCCGCCUCUUCGGGCAUGCUGUGCCGGUCUUUCCUGAUGAUAAGGAGGCCAUCUUUGACCUUGCAGCGGCACAGAACGGCGGUGUUGCCGUGUCUUGCAGUGACCAGCACUUUGGUACCAAGGACAACCUUCUCUUGCCCGGCCGGGGUAAGGACAUGGGAGAUGGAUGGGAGACGGCGAGAUCACGCACCAAGGGCCACGUGGACUGGACUAUUGUGCGCCUCGGAGCCCCUGGAUACAUUCAGAACGUCGUUGUUGACACGGCCCAUUUCCGUGGAAACUUCCCGCAGAAGGCCAAGAUCGAUGCACUUGCAUGGAAGGAGAGCGGGGAGCCCGGACCAGAUGCUAGCGGCUGGAUUGAGAUCGUGGCUCCGAGCAAGUGUGGCCCGGACCAAGAACAUGACUUCCCCAGCGCCGUGAAGGACACAGAAGUAACGCACGUCAAGAUCACUAUCAUUCCAGACGGAGGUGUGAAGAGGCUCCGUGUGUUUGGUAAGAGAGCAUAA